AUGCAUCGCGCGCCCAGCGUCACGCUCUCCCCGGAGCUCUUCGAGAAAUACUACCUCUCGCCGCAAACUCCCGUGCACGGCUCCCUGCGCAAGACCUUCGCGAACCCCACCCCGCUCGCGGUGCUCGGCCUCGCCAUGGCGCUCACCCCCUUCUCCUGCGACGUGAUGGGGUGGCGGGGCGCGGGCGGCAACGGCGCCGCGUCCAUCGGGUCGUACUACUUCAUGGGCGGGAUGCUGAUGGUCAUCGGGAGCAUAGGGGAGUGGAUCAUGGGCAACACCUACCCCUUCGUCCUCUUCGGCGCCUACGGCGGCUUCUGGCUCUCCUUCGCCGCUACCCUGACGCCGUCCCUCGGCGCAUACGGCCACUACUCCGCGGCCUACAGCGCCGCGCACCCGUCCGCGGGGCUUGACGACCCGGCGUUCGCGGCGAGUUUCGGCUUCUUCCUGCUCGCCAUGGCGGUCUUGUCGCUGCUCUUCGCGCUGGGCACGCUGCGCCUGAACAUCUGCCUGAUGGUUGUGGAGUGGGGCUUGACGCUGUGCUUCAGCCUGCUGACGGCGGCGUUUUGGCAGCUGGCGCGGGGAAAUGCGGGGGUGGCGGGGAAGUGUCUGACUGCGGGUGGCGCGUUCGGGUUUGUUGCGUCGGCGGGCGCGUGGUGGAUCCUCGCGGCGCAGAUUCUGGCGGCGGUGGAGUUCCCGGUUAGUCUGCCGGUUGGGGAUAUGAGUGGGGUGUUUCCGGCGAGGAAGGGGAGGGUGGAGAGCGCAGUGUGA